AUGCGACAACUUCUUCGAGCAAGAUUCCUCCCUCCUGAUCAUCGGCAGUUCCUAUAUCAGCAAUUCCAGAAUUGUACACAAGGAAGUCGGGCUGUAACGGAGUACAUCAAUGAGUUCUUAAGACUCCAAUCUCGUUGCAACUUGGCGGAGAGUGAUGAUCAGCAGGUGGCUCGCUUCGUGAAUGGACUCAAAUAUUCCAUCCAAGAUCGUAUGGCGUUGCAACCAGUAUGGAAUAUGACGGAAGCACAAAACAUGACUCUUCUUGUUAAGAGGACUCUCUCCAGACAAUCAGCAACUUUUAGAAGCCGAUCUGAUCUUGACAAGGGGAAGCAAGUCUCAACCGACCCAAUCAAACCUUCAACACCUUUGCCACGAUCCACAAACAAUAUUGGAGAAGGGAGUCGGUCAACUACCAAAUCAGCUAUGGUGCCCUCUAACUCAACCACAACGAAGAAUCCUUAUGGACGAGCUGAACCCAUUAAAUGUUAUCGGUGUGGUGAACCUGGGCAUCGGUCCAAUAACUGCCCCCAAAGAAAAUCUGUGAACGUGGUUGCAGGUGAUCUGAGUGAUGAACAAGAAUUCGACGACGAUGACGCCAAAAUUGCUAAAGAAGAAGGAGAAGGUGUGACUUGCAUCGUGCGUCGACUGCUGCUCACGCCUAAGCAACAAGGUUCCUCCCAACGCCACCAAAUCUUCCUUACCCACUGUUCUGUGAAUGCGAAAGUCUGUAACGCAAUCAUCGACAGUGGCAGUAGCGAGAACCUUGUAUCAACGACAUUAGUAGACCAUCUGAAACUAAAGACUGAACCGCACCCUGCACCCUAUAAAAUUGGGUGGAUCAAGAGUGGAUCAGCUAUUCCAGUCUCGAAGAUCUGCAGGGUCCCUCUCUCAUUCGGCAAGACGUACAAAGAUGAGGUUCUAUGUGAUGUCGUUGAAAUGGAUGCAUGCCAUUUACUAUUGGGUAGGCCUUGGCAAUUUGACGUGGAAACCAAGCACUUGGGGAAGGAAAACAUAUACAUAUUCAAAUGGCAAGGUCACAAAAUUGCAUUACACCCCAAAGGACCUCUCAAGACUCGGAUCACCACUCCUCACCAAGAAGGAUCUACAUUAUUAGUGCUUGCUGAAUCAGACUUUCAUAGAGAAGUCAAGGAGGCCAAGGAGUGCUAUGCAUUAAUUGUAAAGGGUGACACUCACCACAAAGGCAAGACAGCCGACCCCAUGCAAAUAUUGAUGAAGGAAUUUGGAGAGCUCUUCUCGGAGGAACCACCUACUUGGUUACCCCGACUCCGAGAUAUUCAACACCACAUCGAUUUAGUUCCUGGAGCAAGCUUGCCGAACCUCCCUCAUUAUUGUUUGAAUCCACGGGAAAUAGAGAUCCUACAGGAAAAGGUGGAGGAACUACUCAUGGUAGGGUUCAUCCGAGAAAGCAUGAGUCCAUGUGCCGUUCCCGCUCUCCUGGUGCCAAAGAAAGAUGGGAGUUGGGGCAUGUGUGUCGACAGCCGCGCCAUCAACAAAAUUACUGUUCGAUAUCGAUUCCCUAUUCCUAGGAUCAAUGAUAUGCUGGAUCAAUUAGAAGGCGCCCAGGUAUUUUCCAAAAUUGACCUACGUAGCGGCUAUCACCAGAUCCGAAUCCGUCCGGGUGAUGAAUGGAAAACGGCCUUCAAAACCAAGGAGGGCUUAUAUGAAUGGUUAGUAAUGCCGUUCGGGUUGUCAAACGCCCCAAGUACAUUCAUGCGGCUUAUGAAUCAGGUACUCAAACCAUUUAUGGGCAAAUUUGUGGUGGUUUACUUCGAUGACAUCUUAAUUUAUAGUCGUAGCACUGUCGAGCACAUGAAGCAUCUGAGGGAAGUGUUGACUGUCUUACGCGAAAAUCAAUUAUUUGCAAAUCCCAAAAAAUGCACUUUCUUUGAAGAACGACUGUUAUUUUUGGGCUUUGUGGUGAGCAGCAAAGGGAUCCACGUAGAUGCCGAUAAGGUCCGCGCCGUUAGCGAAUGGCCAUCCCCAACAACAGUCAGGGAAGUUCAAAGUUUUCUUGGACUUGCAUCCUUUUACCGCCGUUUCAUCCGCAAUUUUAGUACCAUGGUUGCCCCUAUCAGUGAAUGCUUGAAAAAGGGUAAAUUCUCGUGGACUGAUGAUUGUGAACAAAGCUUCGCUACGAUCAAGGAAAAAUUGACCACGGCUCCCGUGUUGGCAUUACCCAACUUUGGGAAGGUCUUUGAGAUUGAUUGCGAUGCUUGUGGCGUCGGAAUUGGUGGUGUACUAUCCCAAGAGGGACGGCCGAUAGCAUUUUUCAGUGAAAAACUCAAUGAGGCAAGGCAAAAAUGGUCGACCUACGAACAGGAGCUGCUUGCGAUCGUUCGAUCAUUUCAGACUUGGGAACACUAUUUAUUACCCAAAGAAUUUGUUAUCUACACCGACCAUGAAAGCCUAAAAUAUUUUCGGACUCAGAAGCAUUUGAAUAAGAUGCACGCUCGGUGGGCUACAUUUUUGGAACGGUUUACGUAUACAAUCAAGCAUAAAUCAGGAGUACAAAACUGUGUGGCGGACGCUCUAAGCCGACGUGCAACCUUACUUACAACCAUGCAAAGCGAAGUGGUUGGUUUCGAUUGUCUCAAGGAACUCUACGAGGAUGAUGAAGAUUUUGGUCCGAUUUGGGGGAAGUGUAUCGCAAGACAACCCAUGCCUGACUUUCAUAUCCAUGAGGGAUUUUUGUUCAAAGGGAAUCGCUUAUGUAUUCCUCGUAGUUCCCUACGGGAACAACUCAUUCGAGACUUGCAUGGGGGUGGGCUUAGCGGUCACUUGGGAUGA